GAAUAUUGAACAAUUCCAGGAACAAUUUUACAAAUUUGUUUUGUUAUCGUUGUCUCUUUUGUUUUUGGUCUUGUAUUCAUCGAGCGGUGCCAUUUAAAAUUCCUGCAUUAUUUAAACAAAAGACUACGUUAGCAUUUUAUUUACCGUUGAAAUAAAAUGCCCUGCUACACACCGGUUCGUGCAAAUCCAAUGGCAAACUCAAGAUGUCCUGAUGAAAACCCGAGCUGCCCCCGUCCUCCACAUAACCUGUCAUACUGUAAAGACUGGGCGGAGAGAAUAUCGGACGUCAAGUUCUGGCAGUCGACAACAAAUGCUGACUUCGCGCCGCCAAAGUCCAGAUCGGUUCCAAAUCUUCUGCCGUGUCUGGACGGACGGAUAUACACGCGUACCCAGAUAGGCGAGCCGACGGGCACCGCUCUGACGUCGCUGUACAAAAUCUCGGCCAGCCACCGCGACUACAAGCCGCCGCCUGGACUGCGCCAAAAGUACCCCAGCACCGAGGGCUACCGAGAGCCGUGGAAAACCGUGCUCUGCCGCUGGUGCGGCAGCUCCAAACCCUCGGAGCAGUGCAGCAGCGGUCGGUGCGGGGGCAGUCCUGCACCGUCCGACCCCGGCCUGCCCCUCUACACCGUCAUCGGAAUGUAUACGGAUAGCAGCCGCGAGAACGACCCGCGUUGCUCGCCGUGCCUGCCCGGCAACCAGAUAGUGGCCGUACCGCCGCCGCCAGUCGACCAAGACCGACUAGGGCCCGUGUGUCCCACUCAGCGGAGCAAUCUGGAGCCAGUGAGGACCCCCGCCUGGAGCGAAUCCAUCACACGCUACGACUUCAAGAGUCCGCACGGACCGGCCACCGUAGCCAAGCGGGCGGAGAAGCAGAGCUACUACCAGCGCUUCAUGGCAGACAUGUGUGCGUCGGCGCACAUCCUAGACCGAGUGGCCGAGUUUGGCAGUCUGGGCGGCAGCAUCACCCAGUACCAGGACGACUUUUGCCAGCGGCUGCCCUCGCAGGAACUCCAGGACAGAUACAGAAUCCUGGUGGGCUGUCCUCCACUGACCGGAAACAACGUGCUGUCGCCGUACUCCACCUGCGGCAAGUCCUGCAACAUCUGAGCACGUGCAGCUGGCAACAUCCGAGCUCAUUGCCCGGCGAAACGCCCCGCUCCCUUCCCGCCAACACAGGGCAGUCGCCUUAUGAUUGUGACCGACGAACGACUAAAUACACAGGAGUUGGUUGCCACAACCGUC